CCUUGGCUUCUGGAUCACGGGCCGGUGGGAGUGGAGGCGAGAUCCAGAGGACGCUGCCCUUUGAUUAACAGUUUGUUCCUCACUUUGUGGCUGUGGGAAAUCCCUCAAGGACCUAGCAAACUUCAGAGCAAGUUUCUUAAACCAAGAUGCCAUUCAAAACAGGACUAGAAUUAACUGAGCUGCAGAACAUGACGGUCCCAGAGGAUGACAACAUCAGCAAUGAUUCCAAUGAUUUCACAGAAGUAGAAAAUGGCCAGAUGAAUAGCAAGUUCAUUUCUGAUCGUGAAAGCAGAAGAAGCUUAACCAACAGCCAUUUGGAGAAGAAGAAAUGUGAUGAAUAUAUUCCAGGCACAACGUCAUUGGGAAUGUCGGUCUUCAAUCUCAGCAAUGCUAUCAUGGGCAGUGGGAUAUUAGGACUUGCCUUUGCAUUGGCCAACACAGGAAUUGUGCUGUUUUUGCUGCUUUUGAUUUCAGUGACACUGCUGUCUAUUUAUUCAAUAAAUCUUCUGUUAAUAUGUGCAAAGGAAACAGGCUGCAUGGUUUACGAGAAGCUUGGUGAGCAAGUAUUUGGCACUCCUGGAAAAGUGAUUAUUUUUGGAUCAACCUCUCUUCAGAACACUGGAGCAAUGUUGAGUUAUCUCUUCAUAGUAAAAAAUGAACUCCCCUCUGCCAUAAAGUUCCUUAUGGGAAAAGAAGAAACAUUUUCAGCCUGGUAUCUGGAUGGGCGAUUUCUUGUUGUAACAGUGACAUUCUGUAUAAUCCUUCCUUUAUGUCUUCUUAAGAAUUUAGGGUAUCUUGGCUAUACUAGUGGCUUUUCCCUGACUUGCAUGGUAUUUUUUCUCAUCGUGGUUAUCUACAAGAAAUUUCAACUUCCAUGUCCCUCUCAGAGGACAAAUGCAACUGCCUUUUCAAACUCUAGUUCUCCCUAUGAAGAAAUGUGCCAGCCCAAAUAUGUUACUAUUAAUUCCAAGACUGUGUAUGCUUUGCCCACCAUUGCAUUUGCGUUUGUGUGCCACCCUUCAGUGCUUCCAAUCUACUGUGAACUGAAAGAUCGUUCGCAGAAAAGAAUGCAGAUGGUUUCAAAUAUCUCAUUUUUUGCCAUGUUCGUUAUGUACUUCUUGACAGCCAUUUUUGGCUAUUUGACAUUUUAUGAAAAUGUACAGUCAAAUUUGCUCCACAAGUAUCAGAGCCAAGAUGACAUCCUCAUCCUGACAGUCCGCGUGGCUGUCAUUGUUGCGGUCAUCCUUACAGUCCCAGUAUUGUUUUUCACUGUUCGAUCCUCUUUAUUUGAGCUGGCUAGGAAAACCAAAUUUCACUUGUGCCGUCACGUUGUGGUCACUUUGGUCCUCUUGGUAAUCAUCAACCUGUUAGUUAUUUUCAUACCCUCCAUGAAGGAUAUUUUUGGAGUUGUAGGAGUAACAUCUGCCAAUAUGCUGAUUUUUAUUCUUCCAUCAUCACUGUAUAUAAAAAUCACAUACCAAGAUGGAUCAAAACUGACUCAGAGGAUUUGGGCCUCCCUGUUCUUGGUGCUAGGAAUCUUGUUUUCAUUGGUGAGCAUCCCUCUAGUCAUCUAUGACUGGGUGCAUUAGGAGACACUGUUGAAGGCCACUGAAGUGGGAUGGACAUUGAGAAGAAUCCAUCUCCAUUUUGCUACUCACGAAAAUCACCAUUUGGUCACUGUCCCAUUCUUCAUGAGUUUCACGUGUUUCAUUCAAGAAGACAGUAAUUUUACUUUUUACAAAAGUGUUAUUUUUCCAUAUCCUCACAAGCUACUACAUCAGUGUUAAGUUUAUGAUGACGGUCAGAUUUGACCAUUGGCUGUAGAUAAUCUGUAUGUGGUAACUGAUACUAAAAUAACUGAAGGGUGUUCUGCUCUUUGGUAAUGUAUUUACAAAUUAAUAUACCAUUUUUUUAGGAUUUACUCUAAAGAAAGGCAGCACUGAAUGAAAGUGAUUUCCCUAAACUGUUACACAUGAAAAAAAAUUCAUAACUAUGACUUGGAUGUGAAUGUAAGAUAACCCCCACAUUUUUGUGGUGGCAUACUUGGGAAAAAAACCUAGCCUUGCAUUGGAGUAAAUACUGUAGGAGGGGUUAA